AUGUCUGCUACGACACACUUCAGAGUAGUAUUUUUGAUAUUAUUAGUCAUCCUUUAUUGCAAUCCUUCUAAAGGAACGCGUGAGAAAUUAGAAUCACAACAAUUUCAUCCCAAGUGCCAUUCCCCCUGUUCAACAUGGCCUUCAUUUACAAAUGAAAACAACUCAUACAUUUAUUUAUUGCGUUUGUUUCUGCAACAACGAUCUAAAACGACACUUACAAAGCAUUUUCAAACGUCGGCAGAACCUGCUCUCUUUCGAGCUGCUAUUCUACUAGCACAACAGUCGAAUAUUACUAUAAAUGGGAAGCACAUUGCGUACCGUGUAGAAGAGACAAGUGGUCGUGAUAUAAUCGAAGCACUUGAUCGUACGUGUAUUGCUAUCGCUGAAGAUGAAGUAUUUGGAAUUGUUGGACCUGAGUAUUCAACGGAAGCAAAAACACUAGCACGUUUUGGCAACCGAUCAGGCUUGCCUGUAGUAGGCUACUCUACAACGGAGCCUGAACUCUCAGAUCGUAAUGCCUAUAAGACCUUCUAUCGACUGCCGCCGUCUGAUGUUAUCAAAGCACGAGCACUGCUGAAAUUAUUUCAAAAAUAUAAAUGGAAUUCCACAAAUGUCAUCUAUCAGGCAGAUAGCUUUGGCCAAGGUGGACUUCAGGCUUUAAAUGAAGUAUUCAAUGAUGAAGUAAAAAUCGCACGUUCAAUUAGAUUUAAUUUAUUCACAGAUCAUAUUGAGAAUCUGCAAUUUCAGCUAGAAGACAGUCCAUCACGUAUAGUGAUCGUUAUGGCUAUUACAAACGUAACAACAAAAGUCAUAGAUUUGGCACUGAAAGUAGGUGAUGUGUUAGCUCCAUCCUUUCUCUGGAUAUUGACAGCAAGUAACUCAACGAUGAACAUUCUUGACAAUCCGAAUGUAAAUCAGCUAAAAGGAAUGCUAAUUUUACGACUAGUAUCUCCGCAGACAUUUAAUAUAUCAACAGACACAGAUGCGUUAAAUAAAGCUCUCAAUAUUUGGAAACAGUACGAUCCUGAUUCGUUUCAUGCGAAUGAAGGGCAUCUAGAUAUCUAUGCAUUGUAUGCAUUUGACGCUGCAUGGCUACUAAUCUUGGCAUUUCAAGAACUUUGCCAAAAGAAUUCUACAACCUGUCUUUCAUUCAAGAACAGAUCCAAUUGCUUCAGUAGUCAUUUGGCUGCACGCAAUGAACUUCAUCAAAUUCUACAAACAAUGAACUUUACUGGCCUCACAGGACUGGUGCAGUUUGGCUCGAAUAGAACUGAUCGUGUUGAUAGUACAGGUGCACACUAUGUGAUCGACAAUGUACAGUUGUCAAGCGCUAACUCUAACAGAUUACAACUUGUAGAAGUUUUAAGACUUAAUGGUAUUGGACUAAGUAUCAUUCAUAAUAAUAAUACAGCUGUGUGGACAACUACCGGAAAUCGUAUCCAAUGGCCUAGGAGUUGGAAUAACGUACCAACUGAUUAUCCACUUCUAAAAGGUAGAUCAAAGAGAAAGAACUUCGCAAGCUAA